AUGCAGUUCAAGACUCUUUCCAUCCUCGCCGCCGCUUCUACCGCUCUUGCCGCCCCUCAUCAGUACUCCAUCCAGGCCUCCAUUGGCCUCGGCGCCACGGACCUCAAGUCUCUCCAGCUCUACGGCAACAACAUUGUCUACGGCCUGACCCAGGGCUACUCCGACUUCCGAGCCGAGGACGAAAGCGACAUUAUCAAGCUGUUUGCUGAGGGCUACCCCGGUCUCUCUCUUGACGUUUCCCAGAACGGUGAGCUCGCCUUCAAGUCCCCUUCCGAGCCCAAGUAG